AACAGUCGCAAAAAAUAGGCGGAGCCGGACCCUAUAAAUACGGGCUUCUGACGGCGCUUCCCGCUGUUUCCAGACGGCGGCGACCAUGGGCGUUUUGUGGCGAACCCUGUGCGGCCUGUGCCUGUGCGUCCUGCCGCUGAUUAGCGGAGCGGCGGUGCCCCUGUCGGGUGGUGAGCCCAACUGCGGCCCGGAUGAGUACAAGCCUGACGGUCUCGGCCUGUGCUGCAGGAAGUGCCCGGCCGGCUUUCAUGUCAGCAGACACUGCGGUGUAAACCAUGGCGUGCCGAUAUGUAGCCCGUGCGAACCCGGAAGCUUCCUCACGUACCCAAACGGGGAGACAAACUGCCAACUGUGCGCUAAGUGUCGGGAGGACCAGGAGAUGGUGGCUGCGUGCACGCGGACCAGCAACCAGAAAUGUCAGUGCAAGACCGGGAGCUUCUACUGUGGAGACUCAGACUGCACAGAGAGUUGCUACCGGUGUCAAAGAUGUUCCGGCGCUACCCUUCGGCCCUGCAAUGCCACAAGUGAUACAGUCUGCUACACAGAGCCUGGUCCAGAGGCCCCAGGAAACGAGAAAUCCCAGUAUGUGAUCGGCUACACUGUCGCCGUCGUCAUCGCCGUCGCCGUUCUUUUCCUCAUCGUUUACUGCUGUAAAAGGAAAAGGAAAUUAACAUCAGGUGUGUGGCCUCACCACUGGCUGGUCAGCUUCUGGAAAGGACGGGCAGAAGGACCAGGCAGCAAUAUUUGCCAUCAGCACAGUGAGUCGCUGCUGCCCUCGAAUCCUGAGAGGGACGGGCCAGCUCCUGACUUAGAAACGUCCUCGUCAUGUCGCCAGCCGGAGGAGGAGAGCGCCGCCUUGCAGGCCGAGGCUGGGCCCCAGCAGGCCCCCUCAGAGGAGCUGGAGGAGGGCGCCUCGCUGCAGCAGACGGUGGUCGGGGGGAGCCCUGCAUCCCCAGAGCAGGCGCUGUGCGUUGUGGCUCCGGCUGCCCCUGGGCCGCAGGACCAGCCCGCAGCGUCCCCGUCCCUCAGGGCCCUGGAGCAGGAGUAUGAAACUGAGUAUUUCGUGAAAGAUUCGUCCAAUGAAGGCGGGAUCUACUAUGGAUUUGAAAAAUGGAUUUCCGACAAAGACUGGAAGACAUUUAUGAGGCUUGUCGGCCUGGAGGACAUCGAUAUUGAGAACUGCGAGUGCGAAAACCGCAACAACGUGACGGAGCAGCACCCACCAGAUGCUCCUGAGGUGGAGAACGCAGCUGGGACGGGAGGCCUCGGUUUUUAAACUGUUCGCUGCCCUCCGUAAGAUGCAGCUGCACAUGCAUCUGGAAAAUAUCAUCAACGGGUUACUUGCGGAAGGCAUCCUGGGCAGACGUGGGGACACCUCACAGAUUCGAUCUGGCUCGGGGUUAGGCCUCUAAGUGGGAUCCUGGAUGGAUGUGAUCUGACCUCCUUUCCCAAUUUAUACCUUACUGGAAACUUCUUGAAUUCCUGAUAUAGUUGGGCAUAUUUUCUAAGUCAGUCCUGCAGAAAGUGCGUAAUGGGGAGAUCAGUUCUAUGUGCCAGGGAGAGUGGUUCCUGCCAGGGCAAGACUAAUUGUGGGGACUGUCUGUGGCCAAGGUGGCAGAGGUGGGCGGGAUCUAAGUGGAAUCCAGGAGUCCUGAGCUGCUUGGGCACUGUGCUGGCUCCCCUCACAUUCUCCACACCUUUCCCUAGCCACUGAGGCUGCACUUUGGCUUUCUCACGUGGUCAGGUCUUAGAUCUCAGAGAUCUGGGACGUCCCCAUGACCUAGAACACGGCAUGUGUGUUACUAAGGUUCUCGUAAAUCAGUAGAUCACUACAUAACUCAGUGACCCGCAGCCAAGGCUUUUAUAACAUCUGUUGUAUAUGUUUAAGUUUUUAUUUUUAAGUGUAGUUAACAUUGUCAGUUUUAGGUGCAGAACUUAAUAUUUUAAUAUUAUGCUGUAUUUAUCAGAAGUAUAGAUUCCAGUUAUAUUAUUGCA